UAACAUUGUCUAUGAAUGGACCAAACGCGAUUGGAAUGAGUGUUUUUUUUAGAUUUUUUUAAAUCAUCAAGUUUUUUGACAAUUUUUUUGAAAUUCAUCAAUAAAUUGACUGUGUGACAAUAUGAUUGAAACACGUCGUCGUAGUUGUCGUAUUUUAACAAAAGGACUUGAAGCAUCGGACGAAACAUUGACUACACCCACCAAUGGACGACGACGACAACAACAACAACAACAACAAAUGACGAAAACGAAAAACAACAAAGAUGAAAGAUCUAGUAAAAGUAAAAUUGCUAAAAAAAGUAAAAAUGAAACUCAAAAUUGUAACAGCAAUUGUAAUCAGAAGAUGAAUAAGAAGAAGAAGAAAAAACUAUCGUUGAAUGCUGUUGUUGAUGUUGAGAAACCAAAUGAUGAUAAAAAUCUUGUAAAUGACAAUGUGACAGAAAAGACGCAUUCAUCAUAUUGUUGUAUUGAUGAUGGUGGUCAAAAUGGUCUUUUCAAUUCUUACAAUGAUGAAAUCAUUUACAUUAACAAAAUGAUUGAAAAUCUUUUGAAAACAUCGGAAGCUAACUCGUUGAUUGUUUGUGGUGAUGCUGGUGUUGGUAAAACGAAAUUAAUUGAAACUUGUCUCACAUCGUUUCCGGUAUUGUCGUCAUCGUCCUCAUUAUCAAAAUCUUCAUCAUCAUCAUCAUCAUUGAAUCAUCAUAAAAAUAAUGAUGCAAAUUUUAAAGUCAACAAUUUCAAUCAUCUUAAAGUUGCAUUGUUCAAAUUUGAUGGCGCCAUUCAUGGCAAAGAUGAUUUAGCAACAAUACGUUUGAUUGGUCGAUGUUUAAAUCGGUUUCUCGAUCAACAACAACAAGACAGCAACGAUCUUGAUUUAACAGAUGAUGAGAGAGACUUGAUGUUUGAUGAUCUGGAACUGUCGGAAAGAGUAAAUAAUUCUAUACCGAAGAUUAUGUCUCAGUUUCGUAAUUUGACUGAAAAUUAUCAAAAUUUUCGUUCGAUUAUUGUAUUGGAUAAUUUUGAUGUGUUCUGUAGAAAACAACAGACACUACUUUACAAUCUAUUGGAUUUAACACAACAUGGCCGAUCGAUUUUGGUCAUAGGCAUCACACGAAGACUUGAUUAUAUUGAACUUUUAGAAAAACGGGUCAGAUCACGAUUAACACAACGUGUCGUUCAUUUAGUAUCGCCAUUCAAACAAUAUGAUUUAUACAAAACUUGUUGCAUGUCCAGGAUACAGCGUCUUUGUCAAGAGAAUCCAACAUUGGAAACCAAUUUCAUUGCCAAUAAAUCACUGAUUGAAUCUGAACUAGUGAGAUCGUUUGCAAUCAAUCCAAAUUUCAAUGAAAUCAAUCGUAUUGUUUUUGAAUAUUCAUUUUAUCACGAACCGGAUGACCGUAAUGACAAUAACUUUGAAAUGGACAAUAAAGAAAAUAACAAAAAGACGAAACUUUUAUCAUUGAUUACUGAUCCACAAAUUAUUGCUAUAUCUCGAUUGAAAAAAAAUGAUCUCAUAUUUCUAAUGAUUCUAUUACGCCAUUUACGUAAUGAAGAUGUUAAAAUAUUCACCUGUGCCGAUCUAUUCAAUUGGAGUAUUGGCUGUACACUAUUACGUAAAACACGAAUGGGAUUGAUUAUAAAAUCCAUAAACAAUCUGAUCAAUUCGGAUAUGAUAAUAUUCGAAAGUGAUUGUUAUUCACGACGAAAAACGAGCAAACAGAAUAUUGCCUGUGUUAAUAAAUGGACCAAAUUGGUGCCAAAUGUUUCCGAACAACAUUUGGAACAAUUUAUCAAAUAUUUCGAACAUAUUCUACCACAAGCAAUUAAACGAUUGUGGUAACCAUAUUUUUUUCAAUGUGAUAAAAUAAUCCAAUAAAAAUGAAUUUGAAAUGAGAAAUA